UUCUGGUUCUGGUUGUCAGAUUUUUUUUCUCUUUCUUUCUUUCUUGUUGCAGAAGACAAAUCGCGAAGUUGUUUAUUUUAGCCAUGUUGAAAUGAUGCCGGGUGGUUGUUGGUGGAUUGGUGUUGUUAUUGUCAGCCUUGUCGCCAACCUGAUAUCAGUUACAGAUGCAGUCAUGGACGUGACAUUGGUUAUUGACCCUUUUAUUGAGGAGUACAACGAUAGGACCUAUCUAAAGUGCGUAACAGAUGAAGAAGUUUAUGACAUCAAUUUCGGGCCAGUGCUAGAGACGCAACAGGAGUCGUUCUACGGGCUGACCUCUGACCAGACCGUGGUGGGUGACGUGUGGCCGGAGGGGUACCGGGGCGCCAUGUUCUGGUUCCGCCAGGCCGCAGGGGACGCGCGCGUCGGGGCGUUCUACUGUGACGUCACAGGCAGAGGGGGCAAGGAAAGGGUCACAGGGGUCAAGAUGAAACCUGGAGCGCGCAUCCAACCUGUGCUGCUCACUGCCACUGUUUCGGCGGGAGAGUCCGUGAACUUGAACAUGACCUCCUUAGCGCCUGCCGACAGGAUAGAGUGGAGAAAGGACGGAGACAUUCUUACUGGGGCCGACGCGCUGCAGUUGAGACUUGAUGACGUCAGAGUGGAAGACUCGGGGAUCUACGAAUCUUAUUACGUCACUAACGGGACGGAGGGAGGGGAGCGCGCACGCGCAGAGCAGGGCAUCAUGAGAUUACUAGUCAGAGCCUGUCCAGUAGGUCUGUGGGGGGACGAGUGCAGUAUGAAGUGCCCCACGUGUUUUAAUGGCGGGGUGUGCCACCCCAGAACGGGGGUGUGUGUCUGUCCGCCGGGAUUCAACGGCCCAAUCUGCGAGAAAGCCUGCGGUCCCAACAGGUACGGGAAGAAGUGUAACUUGAGAUGUCACCUGGAUUUCUCCGGUCAGUCGGACCCUGAGGACGGCUGUGCGCACCUGACCUUCUGUCUGCCCGACCCGUAUGGCUGUUCCUGUGCCCCGGGGUACUUCGGGCUGAAGUGCUCGGAAGCGUGUCCGGCCGGCACGUUCGGGGCCGGCUGCUGCCUGACGUGCCACUGCGCGGGCGGGGUGAGCUGUAACCGCUUCACCGGACAGUGCCCGGCCGAGUGCGCGCCGGGAUACCUGGGGACAAACUGUCAGAUAGAGUGUAAAGCGGGGACGUACGGCCCGCAGUGCGAGGGUCAGUGUAACUGUCAUGGCGGCGUGACCUGUAACAUCGUGGACGGCUCUUGUCCGGAAGGCUGUCCGGAGGGUUACAUGGGGCCUGACUGCCAGGGUAGGGGAGAAGUUUUAUCAGGAAUUCCCCUGCUUGUGCCACCCGUGCCAGUAUGGCGGCACCUAUCGGUACACACCGAUGUGAACGGCUGCUUGUCCCACCCGUGCCAGUACGGCAGCACCUGCCACCCUAUCGGCACACAGCGGUAUUACUGCAGAUGUACGGACGGCUACAUCUCCAGGGACUGCGAUCCCAACGAGAUCCGGCCGCCGCCCCGCCCCGACCCCUGCACCAGUCGGCCAUGUCGGAACGGCGGAGUCUGCGUCUCCGACGGGCCGACCUUCAGCUGCGUCUGCGCAGACGGUUACCAUGGCGACGUGUGUCAGAUUGUCGUCCGACGACCAGCUCCAACAGACCCUCCGGAAGCCGAGCCGUCCUUCCUGCUCCACCGCGUGGCGAUCCCGGUUGUCCUGUCCGUCAUGUUCGGGAUCGUCUUCGUCGCCGUCUUAAGACGCUGUAGCGACAAGGCAGACUUCCAAGUGUCCCCGGAGGAACCUGAAGACAAAGUAGAACGUUUCGCUACAAGCGACGAAGACGACGAAGACGAGGGUUUUGAAUUCGACGACGAAGGUCUCGGGCCGUCCGUGGAGAACAGUUUCGUCAUAGAGAACCAUGAGGUACAAAACUAUGUGGAAUCCGGCGUGGAGCCGGUGGAUGUUCCUCCUAUUGUACAACAAGGGAAAGUUCAAGACAUUCCGCCAAAGAACUCUCUAUCGGAAAGAAGCUGUCGGAAAGAAGAUGCCCCCUACCCGGACCUGGUCCUGGUGAACCGCUACCCGUACGUACAGGAUGACGGGACGGCGGAGAUGUACUGCGUCUCGAACUAUGCAGAUCGCGACCUGAACUGGAACCUGCUGCCGACUCUGGGCAGGGACGCCCAGGAAAUGAUUGACAACCAGGACCGUUGGCUCAGCGGAGGAGCAGUGCCCUCGACGUUCGCCAUGACAGGCCGACUGUUCGGCAUCAACGCGGACGCGGAGGGCUUCCGCGCAGGCGCGUGGAACUGCUCGGACGACGGACAGGGUUAUGGGUCAUGGGUCAUCGGGGUCACCAACUUCCGAAGCACCAUCAUCAAGCCUUUCAAAGUGACGCAGACAGUUAACGAGGGUGAGCGCGGCGUGGAACUCAUCAUGAACCAGACGGUUCCUGAGGCCAUCACAAAAAGAUGGAACCGAGGUCCAAACGUGAUCGGGAGCUCGGACACCCUGGCGCUGAACCUGGACGCGAAGCGCGGAGGGAACACCAUCGAGCAGUUCGUGAGUCCGGGGCGCGGAGUCUUGGACUGCUACCAGCAAGGCCAGCGGGAGGACCCCACCCGGGCCGGCAUCAUGCGGGUCAUCGUCAGAUCGUGUCCGGAGGGAAAGUUCGGCGGCGGCUGUACGGAGGACUGCCCGAGGUGCUACAACGGCGGCAUGUGCCAUGACGAGACGGGGGAGUGUAUCUGCCCUCCAGGAUUUAAGGGCCGCAACUGCGAAGAACCUUGCGGAGGGAACAAGUUCGGAGUGAACUGUACGCACGACUGUAAGCUCCCCAGCGGGACGACCAGUCUUGCGGAGGGAACAAGUUCGGAGUGA